AAAAAACCUUUUUCAUUUCUUCUUCUUCCUCAGUAGACACAUUGCAAUCGAAAUUUUUCCCUCUUUUUUUUCACCAAUUGUUUCAUUCAAUCAAUUUUCUGAAGAACCCAGAACCGAAAUUUUGGAUCUUUAUUACUGGGGACAAUCAUAUUGGUCACAUUUUCCCAAAGUUUUCAACUUUUUUUUGGGUUUUGAUUUCAAAUUUUGGUUUGGGGGGUUUUGGUUUUCCCCUGUAUCAAAAUGGACCCAGAAAACAUGGAGAUUGUUCCGCCGUCGGAUUUGAUGGACGAAGAUGAGAUCCACGGCCGGCCUCGCCAGUUAUUUACAGUUCCAAAGCCUCGCAACAAUGGGAAUAACAAUCCGGGAACGACUAGUGUUCAUGAGCUUCUUGAAUGCCCUGUUUGCACAAAUUCAAUGUACCCUCCAAUCCAUCAGUGCCACAACGGGCAUACCCUUUGCUCUACCUGUAAAACAAGAGUGCACAAUCGGUGCCCAACUUGUAGACAGGAACUUGGUGACAUAAGGUGUCUAGCAUUGGAGAAGGUAGCUGAAUCACUUGAACUGCCUUGCAAGUACUGCUCUCUUGGGUGCCCUGAGAUAUUCCCGUAUUAUAGUAAACUGAAACAUGAGGCUGUAUGCAACUUCAGACCAUACAACUGUCCUUAUGCUGGAUCAGACUGCUCUGUUGUUGGGGAUAUUCCAUUCCUUGUUGCUCAUCUACGGGAUGACCACAAGGUGGACAUGCAUUCUGGAUGUACUUUUAACCAUCGUUACGUCAAGUCUAAUCCCCGCGAAGUAGAAAAUGCCACAUGGAUGCUAACUGUUUUCCACUGCUUUGGUCAGUACUUCUGUCUCCAUUUUGAAGCCUUCCAGCUUGGUAUGGCUCCUGUUUAUAUGGCAUUCCUCCGUUUCAUGGGGGAUGAAACAGAAGCUCGGAACUACACAUACAGCCUUGAGGUUGGAGGAAAUGGCCGAAAGAUCAUAUGGGAAGGAAACCCAAGAAGCAUAAGGGAUAGCCACAAGAAGGUUAGAGACAGCCAUGAUGGCCUCAUAAUACAGCGCAACAUGGCACUUUUCUUCUCUGGUGGGGAUAGGAAAGAGCUGAAGCUGCGAGUUACAGGACGAAUAUGGAAAGAACAGCAGAACCCAGAAGGUGGUGCGUGCAUCAUACCUCUCUGUAGUUAGCAUGUCGAUUAUCCUUUCACUCAUGUGUGCUAAAACAUUAUCUUAAUGUUAUUAGUGAAUGUAGAUGCUAAAGGAUUCUGUCUCUAUGGAGUUUAAUUGCUGGGGGCGUCACUAUUCAAAUGCAGUAUAUUAAAACUUCCAGAUUCCUCUUAGCUG